AUGACCUGCUGGCUGUGGGUGCUAAGCCUGCAGCUCCUGCUCCUGCCCGCGGCCCUGCCCCCCGCGGGGGGCUGCCCGGCCCGCUGCGAGUGCACGGUGCAGACGCGCGCCGUAGCCUGUCCCCGGCGCCGGCUGACCGCGGUGCCCGACGGCAUCCCGGCCGAGACACGCUUGCUGGAGCUCAGCCGCAACCGCAUCCGCUGCCUGAACCCGGGUGACCUGGCCGCCCUGCCUCUGCUGGAGGAGCUGGACCUGAGCGAGAACGUGAUCGCGCACGUGGAGCCGGGUGCCUUCGCCAACCUGCCGCGCCUGCGCGUGCUGCGCCUCCGCGGUAACCUGCUCAAGCUCAUCCCGCCCGGCGUCUUCACACGCCUGGACAACCUCACGCUGCUGGACCUGAGCGAGAACAAGCUGGUCAUCCUCCUGGACUACACCUUCCAGGAUCUGCGCAGCCUCCGUCGGCUGGAGGUGGGGGACAACGACCUGGUGUUCAUCUCGCGUCGAGCCUUCGCCGGCCUGCUGGCGCUGGAGGAGCUCACCCUGGAGCGCUGCAACCUGACGGCGCUGUCGGGCGAAUCGCUGGGCCACCUGCGGGGCCUGGGCGCCCUGCGGCUGCGACACCUGGCCAUCGCCGCCCUGGAGGACCAGAACUUCCAGCGGCUCCCGGGCCUGCUGCACUUGGAGAUCGACAACUGGCCGCUGCUGGAGGAGGUGGCCGCCGGCAGCCUGCGGGGGCUCAACCUGACCUCGCUGUCCGUCACACACACCAACAUCACCGCGGUGCCCGCCGCCGCCCUGCGCCACCAGGCUCACCUCACCUGCCUCAACCUGUCGCACAAUCCCAUCAGCACGGUGCCACGCGGGUCCUUCCGCGACCUGGUGCGCCUGCGUGAGCUACACCUGGCUGGGGCCCUAUUGGCCAUGGUAGAGCCGCAGGCCUUCCUGGGGCUGCGGCAAAUUCGCCUGCUCAACCUCUCCAACAACCUGCUGUCCACGCUGGAGGAGAGCACCUUCCACUCAGUCAACACGCUGGAGACGCUGCGCGUGGACGGGAACCCGCUGGCCUGUGACUGCCGCCUGCUGUGGGUCGUGCAACGCCGCAAGACCCUCAACUUCGACGGCCGCCCGCCGGCCUGCGCCACCCCGGCCGAGGUCCGUGGCGACGCGCUGCGCAGCCUGCCAGACUCGGCGCUCUUCGAGUACUUCGUGUGCCGCAAGCCCAAGAUCCGCGAGCGGCGGCUGCAGCGCGUCACAGCGGCCGCGGGCGCCGACGUGCGCUUCCAGUGCCGCGCCGAGGGCGAGCCGGCGCCCACCGUAGCCUGGGUGACCCCGCGCCACCGUACGGUGACCGCCGCCAGCGCCGGCCGGGCGCGCGUGCUGCCGGGCGGGACGCUGCACAUCCGGGACGCACGGCCGGGGGACAGCGGCACCUACACCUGUGUGGCCAGCAACGCGGGCGGCAACGACACCUACUUCGCCACCCUGAGCGUGCAGCCUGAGCCGGCCGUCAACCGGACCCCGGGCGAAGGCCGCAACGACACGCAGGUGGCCGCGCGCUUCCCGCUCGACCUCACCACUAUCCUGGUGUCCACCGCCAUGGGCUGCAUCACCUUCCUGGGUGUCGUCCUCUUCUGCUUCCUGCUGCUCUUUGUGUGGAGCCGCGGCCGCGGGCAGCACAAGAACAACUUCUCAGUGGAGUACUCUUUCCGCAAGGUGGACGGGCCCGCCGCCGCGGCCGGCCAGGGGGGCGCCCGCAAGUUCAACAUGAAGAUGAUAUGA